CCCUCCGACUUGGGUCCUACUAUUCCUCUUUUUCUAUUCAUUUCAAAGUUGGAGGCUUUUCUUGUCAAUCGAACGCGGAAAAUGUCGCAUGCCGGAAUUUCUGGUGGCGGUGGAGAAGGAAUCGGUCGCGGCGGCGGGCCGCAGAAUUACUUCUGCUACCAUUGCGAGCGGACGGUGACGAUUAGCCCUUUGCCAAACUCCGAACUCGUCUGCCCUAAUUGCAACGAUACCUUUCUUGAAGAAGCCGAAACCGCCCCGCCUACAAACCCUAGCAACGAUAAUCCCUUCUUCCCCGGCGCCGAUGCGUUUCCUUUUGGCUUCGGCGGAGGAGGAGGAGGAGGAGGAGGAGGAGUAGGAGGGGAGGGCCUUGUGUUCUCCACGGCCUCCUCUGGCGGUGGGAUUGCGCUUGAUGAUCUUUCUUCUUUGUUCGGUGGUAUGGCCGCCGGCCGAUCCCCAAAUCAAUUCCAUCCCCUUCUUUUCCUCCAGAACUAUUUGCAGACCAUGAGGGCUAGCGGUGCUAAUAUUCAAUUGGUUUUUGAAAACAGUGGCGGUGGAGGGGUUCCGGGGAAUCUUGGAGAUUACUUCGUUGGUCCUGGCCUUGAACAGUUGAUCCAACAGCUUAUGGAGAAUGAUCCCAACCGCUAUGGCACUCCUCCCGCUGCCAAAUCUGCUGUUGAAGGGCUUCCGGAUAUCAAGAUCACCCAGGAGAUGCUAGCUUCAGACUCCUCUCAAUGUGCUGUUUGCAAAGAUAGUUUCGAGCUCGAUGAGGAGGCGAAGCAAAUGCCUUGCAAACAUAUAUACCACAAGGAUUGCAUUAUGCCCUGGCUUGAGUUGCAUAACUCAUGUCCAGUGUGUCGAUAUGAGUUGCCUACUGAUGAUCCUGAUUAUGAGAAUAGGAGAAACUCACAGCAACAGACUAGGAACAACAAUAACAGUUUCGGUUUGGGUAUUGGGGGUUUGGGAGGUGGAGGAAAUCAGGAGAAUCCUCAGACACCUAGGACAGUGGAAAGAAGGUUUAGGGUUUCAUUGCCAUGGCUGUUUGGAGGCUUUGGAUCCCCUGCAGAGACCAGCAACAGUGGAGGAGGCACUGGCAAUAAUAAUGGAGGCAGCACGGGCAACAACAAUGGAGGCAAUGACAACAACAGAGAUGAUACCGGUCACGGCCCAAAUUCAGGUUCCUGAAGUCAAGAGGCAUUCUGAUUGUUAACAAAUAAUUGUUUGGAGGUUCCAAGAGCAUUAGACUUAAUACCAUCCCAGCAAGUAUUGGAGAAGUCCAAAGAGAAGCCAUCUGGAGUUCUGGACCUGGAAACUUAUCUCCAGUCAAAGAAUUCAGAGCAGUGACUGCCACUUCUUCUGGUUAAGGGAGUUUCCAGAAGAAGUUUUCCUCUUCUAUGAGCAAAGGAAAGGAGACAUCAUUGGUGCUAGGUCUAGAAACACUCAGUUUGGAGUAAAGUUGGGUACCAAAGUCCAGAAUCUUCCUUUGAAUAUCCUCCAUGUCACUAUAUUCCAUUAUGUUGACCUGAAUGUUAUCAUUCUGGCUCCAUCUUUUAUGAGCGUUUGCCAAUCUGGAAGAAUUUAGUGUUGUUUUUCCUUUAAGUCACUAAGCCCUACAAACAUGACUAUCCUCAAUGUGAUUAUCUUGCUUUCUUGGUGUU